AUGCAGUUUGUAAACGGUGACAAAAAGAGAAACUUAAAGCGCAAGAUGGAGGAAACAACAACACUUUCUUCUACAAUUGAUUCAGAAGUGUCACUGUCUCUGAGUUUAGGAAUAGGUAUAUCUUAUUCUCCAUUCAAAUUCCUUAAGAGCAAUGAAGAGAAUAUAGAAUACCCAUGCAAGUUUUGCAACAAGAAAUUUUCGAGUUCUCAAGCUUUAGGAGGACACCAAAACGCGCAUAGACGCGAAAGGGUGAUAUCAAAAAUAGAAAAAGAGUUUCAAAUGGGAACUUUUGGACUACUUGGUCCCCAUCAAUUAUGUUCAUAUUCACCCAUUCUAAAUCAUCAUCAAUAUGCAGUUGGGUCACCAUUUUUUCAUCAUCAAAUGCAUUAUCCCAAUGUGGCUCCAUCAUGGACUCAAUUUGUUGCACCUAUAGGAUAUGCUAACCCAUUUGGGAUGAUGAACAACUCUUUGGGUACUCCAACUACUCCACAAAAUAAUAAUGAUAAUAUUCACUAUGUUGAUGAUAACCGCCAAAUUUCAUCCUCAUUUCCUCAUUUGUUCCUCAACCACUAG